UAUGCCGAAUCAACCGGAUUGGCUAGGCAUGCGGCAUGUAUGCGGCGCUUUUGUUCUUGUGUGUUUAGCAAAAUUCAAUGAAUAACAGCUGCAGCAUCUUUAUGCGGCAGUUUGUUAGCUCUUUGUGGCGGUGAUAUGUGUUAGGAAAUUAAAAUAUUGCAUUUAAUAAUAAUUAUUAUCAUUAUGUUUUAUAUCGUGAUAAGUUUUAGCAAGCAAAAAUUUAAUAUUUACGUAAAUAAGUGAUGAACGAAAGAAGAUUCAAAUUGUGUAUUACUGUGAUAAAAAAUAUUAAAUUACGUUUUAAAACAUUGUAGCUAGAUAGAAAAACAUAAUGACUAUUACAUAUACUGGUGAAGUUGCAACUUGUCGUGGAUUUGGGACCUUUUUGAAACUUUUAUAUAGAUGGAGAGGAAGCAUUUACAAGUUGGUGUGGCUGGAUCUCCUAUGUUUUCUACUUUUUUACUACAUUUUAAAUUUGACUUAUCGUUUGCUACUCGAUGAACAUUCAAAAAGGAUAUUCGAAGGUGUGGUGAACUACUGCAGCUACCACGGCAAUGUGAUCCCGUUGUCGUUCGUCCUGGGUUUCUACGUGACGGUGGUGAUGAACCGCUGGUGGAACCAGUACACCUCCAUACCGUGGCCUGACUCCAUCGCCGUGUUUGUCUCCGCUACUGUCCACGGACAGGACGAGCGUGGGCGCCUGAUGCGACGGACGAUCGUGCGCUACGUGUGCCUCUGCCUCACGAUGGUUCUCAGCAUGAUCUCGCCUCGCGUGAAGAAACGGUUUCCCACGCUCGACAACUUCGUCGAGGCGGGCCUGCUACUCGACAACGAGAAGAUUAUCAUGGAAAACCUGAAUGAGAAGUUUCCUAAGCCUUCGAAACAUUGGAUGCCCAUAGUAUGGGCCGCUAGUAUAGUGACGAGAGCCCGCAAGGAGGGCCGAGUGCGCGACGACUUCGCCGUCAAGACUAUUCUAGACGAACUCAACAAGUUCCGGGGACAGGCUGGGUUGUUGCUCAGCUACGACACUAUUAGUGUACCUCUUGUAUAUACUCAGGUAUGCUUGUAUGGGCUAGCCUACUUAAAAAAAAUUCGCCUGCCCAGUUAUUUGGGCAGCAUGUCUUCCUCUUCCAUGCCUCUCCAUUUAAAUAUUAACUGGAGAUUGUGGGCAGUCAAAGUUACAAAUGGCGCCCGAAAUAUGGCUGAAAAAUGGAUCUCCGUCAUCCGAUUUCUUUCCGUCGUUCGACUUAAUGACCAGAAAUUGUUACUUGGGGAGUACUGGGACGAAGUGUUCCCCUCCGAGCUGCCCUACACGCUCGCCACCGAGAACGCGCGCGAGGAGCACCCGGAACCUUCCACCGCCCGCGUGGCCGUCCCGCCCCGCCAGCGCAGCAUGGUCACCGUCAACCCCUCCUCCGUCAAGAUGGACGAGAUGGUCCCCUCGCACACCGUGAGUUACAAGUUCGCCCCGCCCGAGCAACUUCAAAUGAACGACGAUGCCCAAUCGGGUAUCCACUUCAUCGUGUCGACGCGGGGCAGCAAACGUGGGAAGAAAGAAGACCGGAAUUCCAUGGGACUGGGGUCUACUAACUCCGUGGCAUCGCUACAGCAAACUCCUAUGACGAGGACGAAUUCAGUUACAUCCAUGCUGAAGAGACUCUUCUCCAAGGAGGAGCAGCGGCAGACGCCCGUGCCCAACCAGGUGCAGACCGACGGAGUGGGACGGUUCACGAUAUCAGCGAGCAACCCCACGCUGAACAAGCCGGCACCCGGCGGCGGCAGCAUGAAGAUCGCCAACGAGGUGAUCGAGGAGGUGGACGAGCAGGCCACCAUCACCAGCAUGGCCAAGCGGCCCGAGAACAGACCAACCGCGCAGAGUCUGUUCGCACAGGGGCCCCCGCCCCCCAGCGAGCCGGUCAACGUCCCUGCCAGGAACACCAACCUUAAAAACCACAGCCAGCUCUCAUCGUCAGCGCCGACGCAGUGGGCCGAGUCAGCGAGCCCGGCGGCCACGCUGUCCACACAACCGUCGUUCGUCAGCGAGCCCGAGCAACGGCCGCGCCUCGACAGCGACGUGGGGCCCUCACUCAGCGCCGCCGGCAGCCAGACAUUGUUGGACGAGACGGACGGCGACUGCGCGGACGCGGACGCGGACGGCGACGCGUUCGACCGGCUGCGCUCGGCGCGCUCGGCGGCGCGGCGCGCCAAGUACCUGCAGAAGAUGCUCGCGCGCUCCGUCAGCGCGCAGCAGCCAGUUGGUAGUAUAGAAAUACUAGACAACGAAAUUUUACUCGUCGAACUGAUGGAUGCACAAGCGGCUUUACAGAGACAAGAAACAGACUCCAAAGAAGAAACAACCUGACACAGCAAAAGUUCUAUUUUCCAGUGGGAAUGAUCAUCGCACAACUUCAGUAUUAUUAUUGUGAUACUUUUUGUUAUGGACGAUUUGUAUUAUUUGAAAUCAUGUCAAUCAGUGAUGUAAAUAUUGUUUUAAGAGAAACUUAUACGUUAAUUAGUAAUGCUUGUUGACUAUUUGGACG